AUGCUUAUCCACCUCAUCUGCAGUAAGCUCGACAUAUCAUCGCAGACUAAAUGGGAAGAAGAAACACCAACUAACAUCAUACCAACCUGGGAUUCAAUGGCAAGAUUUCUAGAGAAGAGAUGUCAGCGGUUGGAGAGUGUGGAAGUCGCCUUGGUAACGCAAACACCAGGCCAUCAGGUGGGAAAGAAAUUUGCUUUAAACAAUAAAAAUCAUCGAAAAACAUUUGUUGUGUCCACCAAAACCUGUUCCUUUUGCGACUCCCAGCAGCACUUAAUACAGCAGUGUACAAAGUUUCUCAGUUUGUCCCCUGCACUUAGAUAUAAAGAAGCGAAAAAACUGCAGUUAUGUCUUAAUUGUUUACACAGAGGUCAUUUGAUGAAGUCUUGCACAGCGGGUAGCUGUCGAAAAUGCUCAUCCAAGCACAACACUUUAUUGCAUUUGAGCGCAAGCUCUCAGUCCACCUCGCUCGAUUUAAACGCAUCGUCGCCUGCGGUAGAUAGCUCCGCACAUAAAACGUUGACAUCCAACACUCCGGCACAGUCGAGCCUCAUAUCGGCAUCAUCACUUCCCUCAAUUUCCGCUCAAAGUGCAGAAACGUCGCCUCAUAACUUUGUUCUUAUCGCUACAGCUAUUGUACUCAUAACAAAUAAAGCUGGCUGCCUCGUACCAUGCAGAGCACUCUUAGAUUCGGCAUCCCAGCUAAACUUUAUUACUUCUCGCUUUGUUCACCAGCUUCAGUUAAAAAAGUCUAAAGCCACAACGCUAAUUUCUGGCAUCGGUCAGUCUGAGCUUGUGUCAGAUCAUAGAGUUGAUCUUCGCAUACACUCUCGUAUUGGUGAUUAUGCAUCCUCUUUAUCUGCCGUCGUAACACCAAAGAUCACUGAUUGUCAACCUGGAUACUCGCUUAACAAUAUCGACUGGAGCAUCCCAUCAAAUAUAUCGCUAGCAGAUCCAUUGUUCUUUGAAUCGCAGCGCAUAGAUCUUCUUAUAGGCGCUGGCCUCUUUUUUGAUUUACUCUGUGUCGGACAAAUUCGCAUGCAUGAGCACCUUCCCUUACUGCAAAAAACUCGCCUGGGCUGGGUAGUAUCUGGUGGUGGCCGAUUUGUAAGAAAACGUCUCAGCUGUUUAGCAUCCUUAGAGGAAAAUUGGGUGGACGACUCCGACGCACUUCAUAAUCUCGUAGAGCUGUUCUGGGCAGUUGAAAAUUCGUUUCAGCUCAAGCCUCAUGCCACUCACGAAGAACUCGAAUGUGAAGCUCACUUCGCUCAAAAUGUCACUCGCUUGAAAUCAGGUGAAUAUUCGGUUCAUCUUCCUACAAAAAUCGAUCCCAGUCAACUUGGUGAUUCAUAUCACACUGCUCUUCAACGGCUGAAGGGGUUAGAGAAAAAACUCAAACGCAACGAAUCGCUUCGAGAGCAGUACGUAGCAUUUAUGAAAGAAUAUAUAGCUCUUAAACAUAUGUCGCCAGUCAGUAGCAUAACAGGCAAAACUCCAAUGUACUUUCUGCCCCACCACUGUGUGCUAAAAGAAGACAGCACAACCACAAAGUUGCGAGUGGUGUUCGAUGGUUCGGCAUCUUCUACUGGAUAUUCCUUAAACGAUAUUCUCAUGGCAGGGCCAACGAUACAGGCAAAAUUGUUCGACACAUUAAUACGUUUUCGUUCGUUUAGGAUUGCGCUCACAAGCGACAUAUGCAAGAUGUAUCGCUGCGUACGCGUUCCAGAUCCCGAUGCAUAUUUGCAGUGCAUACUGUGGAGAGAUUCCCCAGAAGAUGAGAUUAAAAUCUACAAAUUAGAUACAGUCACGUAUGGUACGAAACCAGCUUCUUUCUUGGCCAUUCGAGCGAUGCACCAGCUUGCAAUCGACGAACAGUGCAAUUACCCUAUAGGUGCUAUAAUCGUUCGCAGGGACUUUUAUGUUGACGAUAUGAUUUCUGGUGGCAACUCUGUCGAAGAGGUACUCGAAAUUAAGAGUCAGACCUGUGACCUAUUGGCCAAAGUGCCAAAGCUAGAACUUUGCGCUGCGUCGUUGUUGGCAACGCUCAUCAACUCAGUGGCUCAACUAAACAUCUUCGGCAGCGAAUUUUAUUGUUGGUCGGAUUCCACAGUCGUUCUGUCGUGGAUCAGCGGAGAACCUUCAAACUACAAAAUGUUCGUUUCAAAUCGGGUGAGCAGCAUUCAAACUCUCACCAAGCACAUGUCGUGGCGGUACGUGCCAACUAGUAUGAACCCGGCAGACAUUCUGUCGCGGGGAGCUUCGCCUUUGGAAUUGUUAAAUUCGCCACUAUGGAUGUAUGGGCCUCACUUUCUGCAGCUCAGUCGCAAUGAGUGGCCCGCGGACUUCGCACCUGUUCAUGACCUACCCGAGCGUCGUCAGUUUGCAAUGUUAUCAACAACAAAAAGUAUUGAUUUUUCACAGAACUGCAAGUUUGUGAAUUCAUUCCCGAAAAUGCAGCGUAUAUAUGCCUACGUCAACCGAUUUGCAAGAGCCAUAGGGUGCAAGGAUGAUCGAAAAUUUGGAAUGCUAACUACUGAAGACAUUAGCUUAGGCACAAAGCUUUUGUUAAGAAUGAUUCAGCGAGUGCACUUGGCUUCCGACUAUAAGGCUUUAGUAACAAGCAAGGAGAUAGCCGCGUCUAGCGAUUUAUAUUCACUAAUGCCGUUUAUAGACGACGACGGCUUGAUGCGCGUGGGCGGGCGACUUGAAAAUUCGUCAUUAAACUUUGAAUCAAAGCAUCCAAUCAUAUUGCCAAAAGGGCAUGAAUUGACCGAAGCCUUGAUUGAUCAUUUUCAUCGUAAAAUGUUGCAUGGUGGACCACAAGCCGUUUUAGCGUCGAUUCGUCUCCAGUACUGGCCAAUAGGUGGAAGGAAGGCUGUAGCUAAGGUGAUCAACAAGUGCAUACGAUGCUUUCGAGUUAAGCCAAAAACAGCAGGACAUCUUAUGGGCAACUUGCCGGCCGAUCGUGUGCAGGCAAACCGAGCAUUCUUAGUAACUGGCAUGGAUUUUUGUGGCCCGUUUUUGUAUCGAUCUGAAGUACGCAAUAAACCUGCUAUUAAAUGCUACAUCUGCCUGUUUGUUUGUUUUAGCACAAAGGCUGUGCACCUCGAGUUGGUUAGUGAUUUGUCAACACCAUCGUUUAUAGCCGUUGGUGCAAAAAAUGAAUUGGCAGAGCUAAAGCAACUAUUUUUUAACGAUCAAAAUCGCCUAGCAAUCCAUCAGCAGUGCCUUGACGAUGGUAUCGAUUUUCGCUUUAUACCUCCUAGGUCUCCGCAUUUUGGCGGCCUUUGGGAGGCAUCCGUGAAAACUGCAAAAUUUCAUUUUUGGCGUGUUGUUGGACUUUCGGUUUUAAACUUCGAUGAAUUAAGAACACUGGUGGUUGAAAUUUCUGCAGUAAUGAACUCUCGCCCUCUCUGUCCUCUUACAGAAAAUCCUGAAGACCUCGACGUACUAACUCCGGCCCACUUUCUGAUCGGGUCAGCAUUCACCGCGUUGAUUGAGCCAGACGUUUCAGUGCUUAAUAUUAACCGCUUGGACAGGUGGCAGCGGGUUUGCUAUAUGCAGCAAAUCUUCUGGAAAAAGUGGUCUGCGGAGUAUCUCACGCUUCUGCAGCAACGUAGCAAAUGGCGCUCCCGAAAGCCGAAUAUUGAAAUCGGAACCAUGGUGCUUGUUAAGGAUGAGAAUUUGCCUCCGCUGAAGUGGCCGCUGGCCAGGGUGAUUGAAACCAUCAAGGGCAGCGAUGAAGUUGCGCGAGUGGCUGUUCUUCGCACCGCUAGUGGCACUACCAGGCGCGCUAUCAACAAGUUGUGUGUCCUGCCCAUGAACCCUGAUGUAGUUGAAAGCCUGCCGCUUCCAACGGGGGGAGGAUGUUUGGAGAAGCACCAAAAUUCUUAA